CAAAUGUACAUCCUACUCUGCCGUAAAGAAUGCAGACUACCAAAUCUGCGAAUGAAUACAACCCUGUUCCGUCAGUAAUUCGUUGUUUGUUGUGUGAGUCGCCUCGUAAAAAGUAGCGAAUGGCGAGCGAUAUGGUCACUUGAAGAGAAUUUGACUAAAUCUGGAUUCAGCUUAAUUUUGCUAAAAUACAAACCAGAAAGUUCGGAGCGUCUCGUUGUGGCUUCAAUAAAUUUCUAGUCGUUCGACAAGUUCGGUUAAUUUUUAAAUUCAAACCGUUUUUGCGAAGGUUCUGCGCUGUUAAAGUGCCAUGCAACCGUCACUAAUUUUGCUACUACUUUCAUUUUUGUUGUUUCACACUGAGGGAGAUAGUCAGAGCACAAACGGUGGAGAAUUAUUUGGCAAGGAAUUUUUCGACACCACUGGAAAUUGGGAAGAAGGAGAAGUUCACAUCUUUGGAUAUGAGACUGGUAAACGAGCUCACCGGGCAAGACGUACCUCGGACAAUAAUUUGAAUCGCAUUAAAAUAAUUACUGGAGACAAGCAGAUCGACAUUAAGCUAGAACCUGACCCUUCGUUAUUAAACUCCGUUGUCUUUAAAGAUGGGGAUCACGUCACCUCAUACUCGUUGCAGGAGUCAACCAAUUGUCAUUGGAAAGGGUAUGUCGACGGAGGUGGCACUGCCGCAUUUUCAACAUGCCAAGAGCCAAACUCUUUGACCGGGAUCGUAGUAACUGAGGAGGGCUUGUGGCUUAUUAAACCAAGAAACGACGAAGGGAGUUUAUAUCGAAGCUUUAAUAAAUCUAGAUCUAGACCACGCCGGAAAACUAAUAAAAACGAGCAAAUAUUUUCGCACUUGAUUAUGUCCCCUGAAUGGACAACUACGCAUCUUUCUAAUUGGAUGACUGGAUCUGAUGUUGCUCGUGUCCCCUUGAAUGAGUUGGAAGGCGCAGCACGUCUUGCUGCGAAGGAUGCACAACAACGGGAAUCUCAACGGCAACCUGUCUACGAUGAUGAUCCAUCAAUUUCUCUCGUGUAUUCGACAGAACAAGAUAGUUUUGGACACUACGCAUCUUAUUUUCCGAGCUGGUUCGGAUGGGACUAUUUCAAUUAUGACGAUGCAGAGGAAGAAAACCAAGAUUAUGGCGGAUUUCGUCGUCCUCCCUCGUUGUUUAAAUCUGCUUCUGCUGCAACCCUUCUGAUGGAAAGGAAAAUUCGCGAGUUGGAAAGCAAGAAGAAAUGGGUGGAAAUGGCUUUGUUCACAGACGAGUCAAUGUAUCAACGAAUGGAAAAAAAGUUUCCCAAUGACACGUUGGUCAAGUUGAAAGACUACACUACAACGAUGGUGAAUAUGAUGGACUUAUUGUAUGGUGGAAAAUCGCUUGGGGUGGACAUUGGCUUUCGUCUGGUUCACCUGGAAGUGAUGAAAAAGACACCGAAAGAGCUGGACACCAACGGAGGGAAGGCGAAAGCAUACUUGUCGUCAUUUUGUGAGUAUGCAGGAAAUCAAAAUUUGAACUCUGGCUUAUGGGAUCAUGCUUUACUCCUUACCGGCAUCGACUUGCAUGAGCAAGGGCUCAAAUCUACUGCAGGGCUUGCUUGGGCCGGGACUAUGUGUUACAGAUAUUACAGUUGUUCAGUUGCUGAGGGAAAUAGUUUUGGUUCUGCAUUCAUCAUAACUCAUGAGAUGGGUCACUCGCUCGGGAUGGAACACGAUGGGCUUGGUAUAUCAGAAACAUGCGACCGGGAUAAGUUUAUCAUGUCGCCCACAACGGGACCAGGUAAAGUGACCUGGUCCAAUUGUUCUAGUAAAAACCUUCAAGAUUUCAUCGAGUACGGUACCAGCGAACUGAGGUCCAAGAAGUAUCCCUCUCAAAUGCUCUCAAAACCUACUUGUCUCUCAGAAGUGGUGACGAAAGGAAAAACGUCGACAACAAAACAAAAGCUACCAGGGGAGAAUUACGAUGCGUACUUUCAGUGUUCCUUGGGACUAGGGCCAGACUUUAAACCGUACUUUCAAAGAAAUAAGACGCCUUUUAACAAUAUUUGUUGGAUUUUGUACUGUGGAAAUGGAACUCACGCAGUGUCGACGCACCCAGCCAUGGAAGGCACCAAAUGUGAUAAAAACAAGUAUUGCAGAGGAGGGGAAUGCGUGAAACGUCCCCAGCAAAGAUGAUGCAUAUUGGAGGAGUAAUUCCACCGCUUGCUACGUUACAGAUUGCUAUUUAUUGAUCCCACCUGUACUUACUAUUCAUUACUAUAAGUCAUAUAUCCAGUUAUUCAAAAGUACUAAAUAAAAUAAUAAUUGGAUUACACGGAGUUAA